GGGUCUAGUACAUUGCAGAUCAACCUCACUCACUCCUCUCGCUAUACAAACACAGUAUAUAUAAGUGUGUCUGUGUUUUGUGAAGAUGUUGUAUAAAUCAUGUGUGAGGCCUUCAAAGGUGAUCAUGGCAAACUUUGUUACAGUGCUUUUGCUAAUUGAAGUGUUUGCAUAUGGCUUGAGAUACGGUGCAGAUGGCUUGAACAUGAACUACUACUUGAUGACUUGUCCUUUCGUUGAACCUGUUGUUAAGAACACUGUCAACAGAGCUUUGCUGCAAGAUCCCACUCUCGCAGCUGCUCUUAUCAGAAUGCACUUUCAUGACUGCUUCAUUCAGGGAUGUGAUGGCUCGGUUUUGAUUGACUCCACUAAGGAUAAUACAGCAGAAAAGGAUUCUCCAGGAAAUUUGAGCCUGCGAGGCUUCGAAGUCAUAGAUGCUAUCAAAGAAGAGCUUGAAAUUCAAUGCCCUGGUGUGGUUUCAUGCGCUGAUAUUCUCGCCAUGGCUGCUAGAGAUGCAGUUUUCUUUGCAGGAGGACCAGUAUAUGACAUACCUAAAGGAAGAAAAGAUGGAAGAAGAUCCAAAUUUGAAGAUACUAUCAAUUUACCAUUCCCUACUUUCAAUGCCUCUGAGCUCAUUAGGUCAUUUGGUCAACGUGGUUUUUCUGCACAAGAGAUGGUGGCUCUCUCUGGGGCUCAUACACUGGGAGUGGCAAGUUGUGGUACUUUCAAGAACCGGUUGAGCCAAGUGGAUCCAACUUUGGACACAGAAUUUGCGAAGACACUUGCGAGAACAUGCAGUUCUGGGGACAACGCAAAGCAACCGUUCGAUGCGACGAGUAAAGAUUUUGACAACGUUUACUUCAACGCUUUGUUGAGGAGAAACGGGGUUCUUACAUCAGACCAGACACUGUACACUAGCCCCAAAACCAGGAACUUUGUGAACGCUUAUGCAUUCAACCAAGCCAUGUUCUUUUUCGAUUUCCAGCAAGCAAUGGUGAAGAUGGGUCUGCUUGAUGUCAAAGACAGUUACAAUGGUGAAGUACGACAAAAUUGUCGCAAAAUAAACUGAAUAAUGAGGUUUCUGAUUGUUUUAGGUUUAAGACAACCUCAAUCCUUGCCACUAGUUAAAACUACAUGAUAUGCAUAUGGGUGAUUAGGUAGUUCUAUUUGGUAUCCCUUGGAUGUAUUGUAUUCGUAUUUAUGGCUGUAAUCCUGUGAAAAAUGCUUCACUUAGAUGACUUGUUACAUUAAUUACCACUAAUAAAUAUGUAUGGAUCUUUCGGCCGCCUUUGGAACA